GACCAUUACCUAUUUACAAUGGCUGUCAGACUUUUGCUCAAAAGUGGACUAGCAGUCACGGCCUUAACGGCAACGUCUGGGGCUAUUUGCUAUCACACAGAUGUCCUCGACAAUCCAUGGUGCUCCACUUUCAGAAUAGUUAGAUUUGGCAGAGCUGCUUGUGCUUCGUUUAUAGUGAGUCUGGACUAUAAAUGGAGUCUGAGAGACCUCGAAUAUGAUACUGAGGAGUACAGAACCACAAUAGGACAAAUACACACUCGGUCAGCGCUGAGGCUGCGAGAGAUGUGCAGUAGGAAUGGAGGGUUGUUCAUCAAGGUGGGACAACACCUGGGCUCUCUCGAUUACCUUCUACCAAAGUCCUACGUAAAGGUGUUCAAAGUGUUCCACAACGAGGCCCCAAAGACCUCCCUCAGUCGUCUGCAGGGGGUCGUAGAGGAGGAGUUUGGACAGCCAUUUGAUACCAUAUUCUCUGAGUUGGACGAGGAGCCCUUGGGAGCAGCCUCUCUGGCCCAGUGUCACAAGGGAGUGCUGAGGGGUACAGGGGAGACAGUCGCCGUCAAGAUACAACACCCGGACGUCCGUAGGAAUGGCUACACUGAUAUAGAUACCAUUGAGUUCUUGGUGAGCUGUGUCCACCUAGUGUUCCCAGACUUCACGUUCCAGUGGCUAGUGGAGGAGAUACGCGCCAACCUGCCCAUGGAGUUGGACUUCUGUCAGGAGGCUCACAACCAGGAGCGGUUCUCAGCCAUGUUCACUCACCUCAAUUUUGUAAAAGCCCCUCGAGUGCAUUGGGAGUUCACUACACCUAGAGUGCUGACCAUGGAGUUUAUUGAUGGGGGGAAAGUCGAUAAUGUGGAAUAUUUGAAGAGGAAUCGACUGAGAGGAGAUGAUAUUUCCCUGAAGCUUGGUCGUAUGUACAGUGAGAUGAUUUUCCUGCGAGGGUUCAUCCACUGUGACCCACAUUCUGGGAAUGUGCUGGUUCGACCCGGGUCUGAUGGACAGGCUCAGAUAGUGCUCCUCGACCACGGCCUUUACAAAGAGCUGACUGAUGAAUUCCGACUGACCUACUGUCGCCUAUGGCAGGCCCUCAUCAACAAAGACAGUCGUGCUGUGGAGAGGUACUGCCUGGAGCUCAAUGCAGGGGAACUGUACCCCCUACUGGCUUGUAUGAUCACUGCCCGGACAUGGGACAGUGUGCAGGGGGGCAUCACACAGAAACAGAGGUCCAGAGAAGAGAUGCGAGCCAUUCAACAGCACAUCCCCCUCUACCUCUCACACAUCACACAACUCCUCAACAAUAUCCCACGACAACUGGUCCUCAUCCUCAAAACCAACGACCUUUUACGCGGCCUCGAGUAUUCCCUCGGGUCUCCCCUCUAUAGGCAAUCCUACAUCAUCAUGUCCAAGUACUGCCUGAGGGCAAUAGGGGAACACGAGGCCGGGAGGGCAGAGUCAUCGUGGAUUCAAAGAGUACAGUGGCGAGCUAAAACUAAGUUGUCCCUGUUGAUGGUGACACUGUACGAGAAUUGGCUUUGGAUUAGAGCAGUAUUUGUGAACUAUACCUAAUUAAUAAUUAUACCUAUCAUUCUUAUAUCAUGUGUUUAUUUAUUCUAUUUUAUUUUAUUUGUACGUGUGGCCUCAAUUUGUGACAAAUUCAUGUCAAGUACUCUAUAUAACUAGUGUUCAAGCUGGCGCUGUGCUAAUGCCUCUCGCCAUGUUUUUGCUUUCGCUCAAAAGUAUUAGAGUGUUAUCUAUAAUGAAUUUUAUAUUAAAGUUAGCUUAUCUAUAUAAAGUCACUGAGAAGAAAAGACUUAUUUACAUGCAUCUAUUGUAAGUUAUUAUUUUUUGUAUUAUGUGGCUUACCAGGACAUCAAGAAAGAAGAAAAUUGAUUCUUCCAGGAUCUGUAGUUCAGUGUAUAUAAUAUCUAAGAAGAAAAGACCUGUGUACAUGCAUAUUGUUAUCUAUAUUGUUAUAUGGUAGUGUUUUGUGGCUUACCAGGCCCUCAAGACAAAGAUGAUUCUGCCAGGAGGAUCUGGAUCUGGAUCUUGGAUAUUAUUUUCUCACACAUGGGGAAUGAGCGCGCAUGCGCAUUACAUCCACAGGAAUAAUUAAAGGGUGUGUCCAAAGAGAUCAAUUUUACAAAUGGCUACUGUACUGCUAGCUAGCUGUUUUAACAGAUAUUUUCUGAGUAUUGUAGCUAACAAAAAGCUAGCGCUUUAGUGCAAGGCUAACUCAUAUGUUGAAUAGAAAGUUUGUGCGGACAGAUGAUGC